AUGACUCAUGGUAGGAUACCUCGAAACCCUAAGGGAGCCACAAAUAAGGAGAAUCAGAAUUUCCCGAUGGAUGGAGGAUUAGCUGAAGCUGUACGUCUGCUGACUGGUGUGCUUAGACAACAGCAACAACAACAAGCGCAUCUUCUGAUAUGGGAACUAGGAACCCUCGCUGCUUUGACAUGGGAGUGGUUCAACGAAGAGUUCAACAGUAGAUUCUUCCCAGAUUCUGUCAAACAGCUGAAGGCGCAGGAGUUCGUAACUUUAACUCGAGGCAGUUUGACCGUAGAACUAUACGCCGCUAAGUUCAUGGUGUUAGGAAGGUUUGCACCACACUUGAUUUCUACUCAAAGGAUGCAGGUGCAGAAGUUUCAAGCAGGACUUAAGCCAAGGAUCCGUAGCCAAGUAGCUAGCCUAAGAAUAGAGAAUUACCAAGAGUUGGUAAACGUGGCUGCGAUAGUAGAGGUUGAGCAGAGAGGUCUGGUGAUCCAAAUCAAUAUUGAACGAAAAAGAACUUCAUUGUACACUACUGAAGAAAGUUCAGAAAGGAAGAAGUUGUUUACUGGAUCAGAUAAAGGAAAAUGCAUUGAGAUUGGGAGCUCAAUACCGAUCACAUUUCCACCUUGUGGAGAGUGCGGUAAACACCAUGGAGGCAAGUGGAGAAUCGCGUUGGGAACUUGUUUCAGGUGUGGCCAACUGAGUCAUAUGAUCAAAGACUACCCCAGUGUUGCUUUGAGGAAUGAAAGAAAGGGGGUUUCUCUCAAUAGCGGUUGCAAACCAAAGCCAACGCAGCACGUGCCCAUGAGAGUGUAUGCUGUCACUUAG